CAGAAUAUGCAAUAAGUGCUUUUGAGACAUUAAAUGAUCCUGAUUUCAAUCCCAAUCUUAAUCGAAGAAAAAAAAAUGUAUCGAAGAUUUUACCACAGGAAUUAAUUCCUCAAGAUGUCAAGGAUUUCUGCCCUCCGGGCUAUGGAGAUGAAUAUAAGAUCAUUGUAGACAUGAAAACAAUGAAGGCAUCAAAGACAGCUAAUGAAUCAAUUGAUGCGGUCCCUAAUAAUCAGGUCAUUUUACUCCAAUAUUAUUAUUAUCUUAGAGAAUGCUUAGAGGAAAUGACUUGGGGUGAUCUUGUAGAAAGUUACAGGAAAAAUUUACGGAGAAUAAAGAAAAGAAGGAUGAUGGAGAACGACUUUGUAACUUUAAUGGAAGAAGCUGAGAGA